CCCGGGUGUUUUUUCCCGUUCGUAUGGAUUGUCGUUCUAGUUUGUCAUUUUUGUCCACCAUGUUCGUACUGUUUGUAUGUCUAAAAAACACUCGGAUUGACUUUGGGAAGGAGCCCCUCUAUAUAGGGAUGGAGCCUCCAAAGUCAACCCGGGUGUUUUUUCCCGUUCGUAUGGAUUGUCGGUCUAGUUUGUCAUUUUUGUCUACCAUGUUUGUAUGGUUUGUAUUGUUUGUCAGUCUAGUUUGUAUUGUUUGUACAGUUCAUACGUUUGUAAUGUUUGUAAAUCUGUUUGUAUGUUUUGUCGCUCUAGUUUGUACUGUUCGUAUGUUUGUAUGGUUUGUACUGAUUGUAAAUCCGGUUUGUAUACUUCGUAAUUUUCCAUAAUACCCAAACUACCCAUGUCAUUAAUUAAAUAGUCCUUCCCACUUUUUAAUCAUUGGAUUGAAGUGUCCAGAUCUAAUGACUAGGAGGGGCUUAGUCAAGUGACUAAGGACCACCUAGUCAUGGAUCCGCUCUCCUAUUCACCCAAUAAAAUCAAACUAACUUUACUGAUCAACAACAAAUCAACUGAUCGACAAAUGUGGAAGCUAAAAGUCCCAUGCCCAUGCACAUACGGAACACGUGCAACCGGGCUCCAAAAUGUGCCUGCCACACAUUUGUUUUUGACAAUAUGGAAAAUCAAGAAACAAAAUUGUACAUUUUUUCUGUCAAUUUUCUCUUUUUCGUAUUUAGAAUUUUAUUUUUCCCCCCCUACUUACGGUGGUAAAAAAACCCAGAAAUUCAUUUAGGUUAAUUUUGACUCCGUCACCUCCACUAUAUUUAAACAACCGAAUCACAUUGGUUUAUGUCCCCCGAUUAACUCUUCUUCUCCUCCUCUUCCCUUCCUCCGUCUUCCCUCAUUUCUCCGGUCAGCCAUGGCUUCCCUCCACGAUUUCGUCAACCUCGACCUCUCCGUCACCACCGAGAAGAUCAUCGCCGAGUACAUCUGGGUUGGUGGAUCUGGUAUGGACAUGAGGAGCAAAGCAAGGACUCUGCCCGGACCAGUGACCGACCCGUCUGAGCUACCCAAGUGGAACUACGACGGCAGCUCCACCAACCAAGCCCCCGGCGAUGACAGCGAAGUCAUCCUCUAUCCACGAGCGAUCUUCAAGGAUCCCUUCAGAAAGGGAAACAACAUCCUGGUCAUAUGCGAUUCAUACACCCCGGCCGGCGAGCCAAUCCCAACCAACAAGCGGGCCAAAGCUGCCGAGAUCUUCAGCAACCCCGACGUUGAAGCCGAGGAACCAUGGUUCGGGAUCGAGCAGGAGUACACACUUCUGACGAUGAACAAGUGGCCUCUUGGCUGGCCCGAAAAUGGCUACCCUGGCCCCCAGGGACCUUACUACUGCGGAAAUGGAGCUGACAAGGCAUUCGGAAGGGACAUCGUCGACGCUCACUACAAGGCCUGCUUGUACGCCGGAAUCAACAUCAGUGGGAUCAACGGCGAGGUCAUGCCCGGCCAGUGGGAAUUCCAAGUUGGACCUAGUGUCGGCAUUUCUGCUGGUGAUGAGGUCUGGGCCGCUCGUUACAUCCUCGAGAGGAUUACUGAAAUCGCAGGAGUUGUGGUCAGCUUCGACCCUAAGCCAGUUCCGGGUGAUUGGAACGGCGCUGGUGCUCACACUAACUACAGUACCAAGUCGAUGAGGGGCGACGGCGGUAUCGAUGUGAUCAACGCCGCGAUCGAGAAGUUGGAAGCCCGCCACAUCGAGCACAUCGCUGCUUAUGGCGAGGGUAACGAGAGACGAUUGACCGGCAACCAUGAGACUGCUAGUAUCAACCAAUUCACUUGGGGUGUAGCCAACAGGGGAGCGUCGGUUCGUAUCGGUCGCGACACCGAGAAGGAAGGAAAAGGUUACUUCGAGGACAGAAGGCCGGCUUCCAACAUGGAUCCCUACGUUGUCACAUCCAUGAUCGCCGAGACCACCAUUCUCCCUGCAGCUUGAAAACAAAAACAACCCUAAAUGAACAAUUGUUUCUCUUCUUCUAAAAUUGACACAUUUGAAAAUCAAUUUUGUCUUAUUCGUCUCUGUUGUACGAUAAUGGUCUCCUUUUCCGACUUCGAGUCGGGUCGGGUCGGAUCAGGUAAUUUAUCCUGGUUCGGUUUGGGCAGCUGAAUUUUUUUCCCUUUCUGUUUUCUUUUUCAGCAAGCAAGCUUGUCAAUUUCUCUCGACAGUAAUAAUAAUAAUAAAAAAAAUUCAAUUUUGUUAUUUUUCCUAAGACACCCCCAUUGUCGGCGGCGUCGUAUUAUGCAUGCAAAUGAAUCAUCCGCAACCUC